ACAUCAAAAUCAUACAACGCGUAGCAUCAUGACGUUCUAUUGGUGGUCACAUUGGUUCUGGAUAACAACGUUAAGCACUAUCCUUCUGAGCAUAGCCAUCGUGCACACAUAUCCUAGCCAGGAUAUUUCCCAAGAGUACAAUCAAAAUAGUAAAUCAGUGAAAGCCGUUACAAAGCUACAUCAGACGACAGCCUCAAUAGAAUGGUCCACAACGACGACAGGCACUGCUCUUACUCAAAGCACAGAAGAGGAGGGUAUUAUUGAAUCUGCGCAACAGCAAAGCCAAGAAGACAAUACGGGAGAUAGUGGUGAUGAAUUGCCGACAGAGGACACGGACGAUAGCGCUGUGGCACAAGCAGAUAAGGAAUUAGGGCGACAAACUGCUGAAGAGCAUGAUAAUGUGGUGGAGAAUGACAGCAGACUGAGCCCAGAGCAGUUGGAGUACAAAAGAUCUGCAGGGAAUUUUAAUAAAACGCUAGAAGAUGUAAAAGACGAAGUUGAGGCUAUUGAAGAGCCAGAGGUGGCUGCAGUUGUGGCUGAGCAGAGAUCUAUGCCAAUGGAGGAAAGGGGUCAAAAAUUGAGAGGCGAUGAUGCAGAGAUGAAUAAUUAUACGAACUUUAGUCGGGCUUCCGACCAGUCGAAAACCAAUACAACUUGCGAAAACUGUCAAAUAGGCACGAAUGAGCUAAACAACAGCACCACAACAGCCACACGAACUCUACAGGCACCGAAGGCCGCGAGCGCGUCGACCACCAGUUCGACGACGCUGCCUGUGGCAUCAAAAUCCCGCUUGGAUUCCUUACACUCCGAAACGUUGGAGUGGUUGAAUGCGAUUGCAGCAGCUGCCGCUGUACCAGCGCCCAAAUUGCUUACAAAUGCGCCAGAAUCAACCGAAAACGAUCGUGGAACGCUUAGUGUGCCAACAGAGUCGGCAGCAGCGACGGCACAACAACGCAUACCCUUCACGUUGGAGAAUGCCAACAAGGAGGAGGAAUUGCGACGCGCCGAAAACGAGCAUCGAUCGCGAAAAUCGAAAGUGCUAUCGGCCGAAUACAAGCAUAUUAAUCGAUUCAUAAACUAUUCGGCGGACACAAAGAGCCUAUUGACGCGAAGUGCGUCGACGGCGCCCAACGAUUUCGAUGGCGGUGAAGAGAGCAACAUCUCCUCGGAGGCAUUAUCGAUACAGCGUACUUACUUUUUCGACGCUGGCGCCAUUUCUGCCAUCUGUUUCACUAUCUUCGGUAUAUGCUGUACUGUCGGCACCAUUGGCAUAGUGCUCUAUCGGCGUAGAUACCUCAAUAAACCGCAGGCGCUUAGCGAGCCUGACUCGAGUGUCUACAUCGAUGAUAGCACGAUGCGUUUAAUUUCUUUUGAUGAUUUACAGGAUAACUCCGAUGAGAUGUACAGUUUGGAUAACGAUUCAUUUCUCAAUUCGCUGGAGGCGAUGACAAUACAAAACUACUGGACGGACACCGUUAAACAUACAAAGCUUUAAUUUCGUUUACAAGGAGGGGAGACAUGCAUAUACGAGUGUAUACAUAUUAAUUAGUUAUUCAUACAUAUAUGCAUCAUUAUUAGAAACAUUAGAAAAUUAGUAUAAAAUAUUGUCUAAUUGAAGAAUAUUAUCUAUUAUUAAUUAUAAGUUAGUUUGCAUCUACUAAACUCAAAUUAACAUAAUCAUUAAGUUUAAAUAGAUAUUUAGCUGUUAGUGAUGUGAUUGAGAUUCCCAGAGUCAGGGGUUAACACUUUUGUUUUUAUGUAUAAUAAUAUUUUUUUUACUUAAAUUAAUGACAAAUUUAUGUAGGAGGGAGGUGAUACUUUUUUAAUAGUAUGUAUCUUAAUUUUUCUUUAUUUUAUUUUAUUUUACUAAGGGCUCUUAACAUAUUUAUUUUAAAGUGGAGUUAAAUCAUUAAUUAAGCUUAACUACAGAAAUUUCUAUGGAAUUUUUCGUAGUUAAGUUUAUCUAAUGAUUCAAAUAUAUUUUAAGAUAGAUAUAUAGAAAUAUGUUAUCUGUAUGACUAAAUGGCUACAUACAUACAUAU